GUGCGGCCCUCUCGACGGCAUCACCAUCAUCUCGUAAAUGCCGUUUCUUCCGUUCGUUCCCCAAAAGAGAUAAGGCCAUGGCACUAAAUUAUUUCAGCAAGAGGGCCGCUCAAUAAGGCCAUGGCACUGAAUUACUUCGCGUCCACAGUCUUCAUUCAUGCAACCCACAAUCAUGUGGCUCUCUUGCCAGCACCAUCAUCAUCUCCUGAACCCCUUAAAGCAAGAAGAAGAGCACUUCUCUCUAAUGUAUCCCUCGUUUCAAUAUCCGCAGCUUUUUCGACUUCUACCAUCCCUUUCCCAUUCUCAGCUGCUGCUUCUUCAAGAAAUGAGUUCUCAGAGCUCCCAAAUUCCGGUGGUGUGAAAGCCUUGGAUCUUCGUAUUGGUUCUGGCGAUGUUCCCGUUGAUGGCGAUCAGGUUGCAAUACAUUACUAUGGAAGAUUGGCGGCAAAGCAAGGUUGGCGAUUUGAUUCAACAUAUGAUCACAAAGAUGAGACUAAUGAACCAAUUCCUUUUGUUUUCGUUCUUGGAUCAGGGAAGAUCUCUAUCAGUGAGAGAGAGGAAGAUGAGUGGCUCAUUUAUAGGGUCACAUCAGAUAGUGAGAUCUCCACUAUUGAAGGUGUUCACAACCUGUUGAAGAAUCUUCUUCGCCAUUGGAUCCACUAUGAAGUGAUCUUGAUCUCUCCAUUAGUCUUCGUAAAGGUUAUUUCAGGGAUUGAAAUUGCUGUAAAAUCAAUGAAAGUUGGUGGCAUUCGUAGAGUCAUUAUACCACCGUCACAAGGAUAUCAAAACACAUCACAAGAACCUAUACCUCCUAAUUUUUUUGACAGGCAAAGGCUUUUCACAACCAUUUUCAAUCCAACGCGUCUUGCCAACGGAGAAGGCUCGACAUUGGGUACUCUCAUAUUUGAUAUUGAGCUUGUCAGCCUGAGGCGUGAGUGAGAUUUCUCAAUCUCUCAAUGUUCUGUGACUUGAGAAAAAUGGCUUCACACUUUUCUGGUAAGUCAUUCAAAAAGCUAUUACAGAAUCAAUUCGAGGAAAAGUUUCAUAGAAGAUAAUUUACAUGGAGUGAUGUGUUUUUGUAGCAUUCACGCCAGGAUUUGGAUAUCUUGGAAAGAAUCAAAUCCAGGGAGAUAUAUUAUGGUUGCACUAACUCUAGGGUAUGUGUUUAAUAUGCAUUUGUAUUUUAAGUAUAUUUGUAAUUUUUUUUUAUAUUUGUAUCGUGGGUUUGUAAAGGAUUAGUUAUUAUAAUAUGCAUAAUGGGGAUUGUGAGUUCUUUGAGCGGAUAGAUUGUGAAAGCGCUAGAAUAGGUAAAGAAAAUUAUAAUUGAACUUAGUAAGCAGACGAAGUUGAUGCAGAUUCAGAAUAUUAAGCUAAUAAAUCUAAAUAGGGCUGGAGCAAUCUUUAACGACGUAAACAAUAUUAGGAAUGAGUUAAAUGCCUUUUUCUGCUUUGAUUUUAUUUGCUAUUGGUUUAUUCGUAAUUGAAACUUGAAUACUGGGUAGUGACUUUGGAUCCACGGUCCUCGGUAGUCAAUUUUUUCAAAAAGUUCCAAUUAAAGGUCUUGAAUUUGGAGCAUUUGCUUAUUUAGGUGUUUAUAAACUGGUUAAGAUGAGUUUAUGAUUUAUAUCAGUAGAGGUAGCUGGAGUUCUAAUUGAGCUUAUAUUUACUUUUGCUAUUGAAUAUUGAUUUGAAGGGAACAUCCGAUGCAUAGGAUAUUUUUUGGAUUUUUUUCUUAGUGCAGCAAAAUAGGUUGCAUUUCCUAUAAGGAUAGUAGAACAAACAGUCUAAAAGAGAGGCAAUCACGUAAAAGAGUCAUUGGAUAGGCAUGUUGCUCAUUUUAAAACUUUUUAACUUUGAGCUAUAACUUGUAAAAUCCUUUGAGUAAUGAUGAAUUUAAAUUAGAGAUAGGUAGCUGUUGGCAUCUGGACUUCCUGCUGAGUCAAGCACCGAGAGUGGAGAUUCUCUAUGAUGAACACCAUGUCUUGAGCUUUAGUGUGAUUAGUGGUGACCACCGGCUGAAUAGUUAUCGGUUAGAGGCCACCAGUUGAUAUACCGACAGAAAAUAAAUAUUAAGGACAGUGCAAAAACUUAUUUAGAAAGAACGUAAAAUUCGAAAGGAAAAAAGAAAUGAUUCUCACAGCAACGACUUUUGGACAACGAAUGCAAAGAGAAAGGUAAGCCAAAGGAUUCAGUAGUUGCAGAUGUAUCAAGGGAAGUAGCAAGUGAAGUGGGAGAAUGAAAAGAAGAGGAAAAAGAUAUAAUCUUUGACAAGAGGGAAGAAUUGAGUACUUUUACUUAUAUAAUAGUCAUUUGCAAUUUAGAAUAUGUUUCAUAUUUCUGAGAAUAUAGCAAAGAAUACAUAGAUACAGAUGUCAUCUCCAUCGUUAUCUAAUUGAUUGUUUUCAAAUGGAUUCUUCCA